AAUCCACGUCUGCGAAAUGAUGUUUGCUCAGUCUGUCAAAUUGGUGUGAUGUGCUUGAAUAUUGUUUCCUCUUGGAAUGGAUUUAGAAGAGGCAUUUCAACUAGUCGGAGAAUUCGGAUCAUAUCAGAAGCAGAUGGUGUUGGUUCUUGUGUUGCUACAGGUGUAUAUGGCAUGCCAGUCCAUGCUCAUUGUGCUCAUUGGCGCUAUACCAGAAUACCACAUUGAACAAGGUGACCACUCCAACUAUGAGGAGCUCAUCAAACACGUUACAUUUACAGAGGAUGUGAACUCCAUCGUGACGGAGUGGUUCCUUCUAAAGCAACAGGCUUACAAGGUCAGCUUGGCAGGCUCUUUGUUCUUCGCCGGGGUCUUGAUUGGAAAUGUGUUUUUUGGACCCCUCUCUGACAAGAUUGGAAGGAAACCAGUCUUCCUAACAGCUCUGUUCUUUGAGGUGGUGUUUGGCUAUGCCACAGCCUUUGCUCCCAGCUAUGAGGUGUUUGCGUUGUCGCGCCUGCUGGUGGGUCUGAUGAAUGGGGGUAUGUCCCUCGUCUGUUUUGUGCUCACCCAGGAGUAUGUGGGCAAGGCCUAUUGGGCCAUGACAGGGACCUUGACUAAUAUGACCUUUGCUGUGGGUAUUGCCCUGUUUGGUACCCUUGGCUACUAUAUCAGACCAUGGCGUACCCUGGCAACAACAGCUAAUUCUCCUGGCGUCCUGUUUUUUCUACUUUGUGUGACUCUCCCGGAAUCUCCACGCUGGCUGUAUUCCCGUGGUUACACGGAGAAGGCGGAGGAGGUUUUGCAGUAUAUAGCUGUGCGGAAUGGGAACAGCAAUGCUGCAGCCAAAGUAAAGCUCCGUAUGUGUCCUGGCUCUGUUAAGACUGGUAACCAGGGCAACAAUGGUCCUGGCUUCCUUGACCUGUUCACCCACACAGUGCUCCGCUGGAGAACGGUGGUGCUCAUGUAUGUCUGGUAUUCCUGCAGCCUGGUGUACUAUGGGCUGACCAUGAAUGCCAGUGAGGACAGUGGGAACCGCUACUUCAGUGUUGCCAUGUAUGGACUAGUGGAGCUCCCAGCCUACCCUCUCUGUAUCUAUUUCAUAAACAAGCAGUGGGCUGGGAGAAGGAAAACCAUGGCCAGCUUUCUGGCUUUAGCUGGCUUGUCGUGUCUAUGCACCAUGUUGGUUCCAGUAAAUGCUGGGGCAUUGUUCAAUGCUACUUCUUUAGCUUUGUUAGGAAAGCUGUUGGUCAGUGCGGCUUUCAACAUAGUGUAUGUCUACACUACUGAACUGUACCCCACUGCUGUAAGGAAUGCUGGUCUUGGGGUCUGCUCAAUGUCUUGCAGAGUCGGGGGGAUCCUGGCCCCUUUUGUGCCCUCUAUGAGAGAGAUACACACCUCUAUGCCCUUUCUGGUGUUCUGUCUCAGUGGGAUCUCUGCUAGCUGCCUGGGUCUCCUCCUCCCUGAGACACUUAACAAACCUGUGACAGAGACACUGGAUGAGCUCAGCAGCCCUGCUUACCACCGCAUUGUAGAGACCAAGGGAAAUAGAAAAAAAUGAAAAACAAGGAAAUGCCUCUCCUGUGGGCAAAUUCAAGCUCUGAAGGCCAGCGCUCCCAUUCAAAUGAAAAUCCAGUAUUGAUGUUCUCCAGACUUCCAAUAGUUGAGACGGGAUUGAGAAGGAUGGUCAGGUGAGACUAGUUACGCCCCCUAUCCAAAUGCAAGUUUACAAUGAUCUUAAAUGUAAUACCUGCUUAACAUUCUGUAUCUUGGGGGGUUGGUUUGUGUUCCGUUAUACAGAUGCACUUGUUUGAAGAGGACCAAUCGAAAACCAACCACAAUCAGUGACUCACUCUUUGAACAAGAGAACAGUCUGAGGCAAUCCGACAGGAGAGACUCUCGAAGCCUGUCCACACACAAGUGCUUUCUCACAAGUGACCCGGUGUGCUCUGUUUCCAUGGUGAAGCAAGGACUGGUCAUGCCGUGAUGGAUGGUGGUCUAUUUUUACAGGGAACGGCACACAUGUUUACAAUGUUUUCGUGUUAUUUUAUUUCUCUCUUUGUAUGUGUGAUACUUUUUGUACUUCACAGUGAAAAUCGUAGUUUAACCGCAGUGAAUUGAUCAAGUAAUCAUGUGGUAUCAAAUGGAAGAGAACUACAAUUACUGCCAAAGUGUUCAGUUUCUACUUUGCCAAUUAGCCAUCGGGGACUUAAUUUAUAAUUGUUGCGUACAUUUAACACUAAAUGGCCGCGUGCGCCAUUUCUGAAAGAUCUCAAUAUAUUUGUGCGUGCAGUUAACUUGGCACAUGCCAUUCAUAUGCAGGUUUCCCAUUGUAAAUCACACCUGUCAUAACUGUGACCGAGCAUUUACUCCACCUGAGAAAUGCCCAUUCACCUUUUGUGAUGACAAUAACGCCCUUAUUUUCUGUAUAGUUUGGAAGUAUUGGAAUUGGACUAAGACGGUAUCUAAAGGAAAUAGCAAUGGUGACCUUGAUCACGUGUCUUUGGAGGGAUUGGCUAAAUGUUUUCUUUUGUAUUGCUAUUUCCUUUAGAUACUGUCUUGGCCUAAUUCCAAUACUUUCAAACUAUACUGAAAAUAAGGGCGUUAUUGUCAUCACAAAAGGUUUAUGAUGGGUGUUUUUGAGGUGGAGUAAAUCUGGGUAUUUGACAUUUUCUGAAAGACAAACAAUUGCAUGUUUUUGUGGACCUGUAAACAGAUCGUUUUAAAUGCAAAAUUUUGCAUGAACCUUUUCCCGAACCUAAAUAUGCUGUACUGCCCGCGAAUUCUGAUACAUUGUCUACUCUGUAAAAUGUAAACAGUGACCUUAGUGGUAGCCUACACACUUCAAUGCAAAAUAUUAACUGCCUGUUCACCUGUCAAAUUCUACUGUAUGUUAUAAACCAAGCACCCUGUCGGACACAGGCUAUUUAUAAUUUUGCUCUAACUAAUAAUUCCAGUUAAAUGAGAUGCGUGUGGUAAUUUGUUGUAUGGCUACUACAAUAACAUAAACUCAUGGCCAGAAAAUGUGAGGAAUUUAUUCUGCGAUGGAUGAAAUGUAUUAUGUUUGUAAAUUAAAUAUCUACACUAGACAUUUCACAUUACAGUACUCGGACGUAGCCUGUGAACCAUCUGUUUUACUGUUAAACUGCGCUUCAGAUCGCGUAGAGCAAAAUAGGCUGCUUGAAAUCGCUUAUCUAUUUACUACUGGGAAGUGGGUACAAUUUUAAAUGAGUGAUAAACUACCAUUCGUCCCAUCAUAACUUGUCUGCCUGUAGGCUAUUUCGAAACCAGCAAAGGUGAAAUGAUUGUGGAAAUUAAAUAAAUAAUAGCAAAUAUAUAUGCCUUAUUUCAAAUUAUUUUAGAAUGUGAUGAUGCAUUGAUUUUAUUUUAUCACUAAUGGAAAAUGAUAGCAGCUUAUUUAUCUAGGCCUACCUGUUUUUUGUUGUGAAAAUAUGACGACACAUAUUCAUAAGGCUACGACUAGGCUACUUUUGCUUUCUUGCAAUGCAGGACUUCAACCACUAGAAACUGCAUGGUCUAAAGUUUGCGGAAGGAUGGCACUUUCUCAUGUAAAGUUCAGUUUUUAUAAAUACCAACUUUUGUGUGAGAACAGGCAUGCAUAUUUUGUGUGUAUGCAACGUUUAUAAAUCAAGUCACUGAAGUUCAAAUGGCUUGUUUCGGUUUCCAUAUAAAUAUAAUUUCUAUGUGUUCUGCUGGACAGAUCAUAUGCUAGUUAGAAUGUGAAUACAGAUUAUGUAUAAAUAUCUAUAUUGGACAUUGUUGACGAUUUGUACAGUAUUCAAGGUAAUUUGUUUACAUUGUGUUGCUUCCGGAGUUAUAAAUAGUUAAUGGCGGGAAGUAACACCAAUUGUGAAUGGUAGCUUGCAUAAUAAUAUCAUUAUGAGAAUGACAUGGAACAGGGUUGCAUUGUAAUGUUCAUCGACAUUUGAAUCUUUUUUAUCUUAAUACUGUUUAUAAGUAAUUAUAGUGGUCACUGCCUAAACUCAGGUCACAUUUGGCCUUUUACACUAGUGAGUUGAUUGUGUCACCAUUGACGCAGACAGGAGAGGCCCCGAACAACCAUAUCGUCCAGAAGCUCUCAUCAAAGAAUGAAGUAACCGCAUAAUGUUUUUUUCCCCCCAUCACUUAUAAUUAUGGCAGUUGGCCCGUACCACCGGUUCAGCAAACAGUUGGAGUGAGUUGAAGAGUUUAAACCGUAAUCAUUGUUUUCAUUUAUAUUCCUCUGACACUGUAUGCUUGCCAGCACAGAAAUUCCCUGUUGAAGUAAAUAAACAAUCUCCAACAAA